CAUGGGUAAGAGAAAAGAAGAAAGUGUUUCACAGCCUGGGUCCCAAAAAAGACGGAGACAAGAAUUCGCAGAUGAACCAACUGAUGAGUAUGAUGAAGAAGAAAAUUCACAGCUAUUGGCCGAUAGUAAUUUUUCUUCACCAUCGACUGUAGGGGAAGUCGGGAUAAUUGAAAGUAUCCAACUGAAGAACUUUAUGUGCCAUUCGAUGUUGGGACCUUUUCAGUUUGGAUCAAAUCUCAAUUUUGUGGUUGGAAACAAUGGAAGUGGAAAGAGUUCUGUAUUAACUGCUCUUAUUGUUGGCCUUGGUGGAAAAGCCACUACAACUAAUAGAGGUUCAUCUUUAAAAGUGUUCGUAAAAGAUGGAGAGUCUUCUGCAGAUAUUUCAAUAACAUUGCAAAACCAAGGCAGAGAUGCAUUUAAACCUGAAGUGUAUGGGGACUCUAUAAUUGUGAAUCAGCACAUUAAUCUCGAUGGAAGCAGAAGUUACAGACUGAAAAGCAAAUCAGGGACCUUAAUUUCUUCAAAGAAAGAGGAACUUGUAGCAAUACUGGAUCAUUUUAAUAUACAGGUCGAUAACCCUGUGUCUGUUCUAACUCAAGAGAUGAGUAAGCACUUCUUACAAUCUAAAAAUGAAGGUGACAAGUACAAGUUUUUUAUGAAAGCAACUCAACUGGAACAAAUGAAAGAAGAUUAUUCCUAUAUUAUGAAAACAAAAGAAAAUACAUGUCUUCAGAUAGAGCAGGGAGUAGAGCGUCUACGAGAACUUAAGCUUCAUUAUCAUGAAAAAAAAGAACGCUACAAAAGCAUUGGGGUUGUGAAAGAAAUGCGAAAUCAUCUUGAAGAGUUGAAACAUAAAAUGGCAUGGGCAGUGGUGACUGAAAUGGAGAGAGAAAUACAGCCAAUCAAAGAAAGCAUCAAAGUUGAAGAAGAACGUACAGAAAAAUUUGUUCAGAAGCUAGAAGAAUGUCAGGUGAAAAUAAACGAAGCAGAAGAAAAAUACAAAACGAUACAAGACAAGUUGGAAAAGAUAAGUGAAGAAGCACAAGCUCUACAUCCUCAGUGUGUUUCUUCAAAAGCUGAUGUGCAGGCAGGGAGAAAAGCAGUCAAUGAAGCUGAGGCCGUUUAUAAUCGUUUCAGAACUGAGUUGAAACGUUUGGGAAGAGAUGAUGAACAGCUACGUAAACGAAUUGAAGAACUGAAAAAUAGUGCUAAUCAGGUUUCAGAGCCUGAGAAGUUGGAAAGACAAAGGAAAAUUGAACAGUUAAAAGAGGAUUUAAAGGCAUUCUCUGAUCAAGAAAUAAUGAUUAGUCAACAAAUGGAUCAGUUUCAGCACGCCAUAUAUAAGUGCAAGGAAGAACAAGCUGCAGUGAGGAAGGAAGAACAUGAUGUGAGGCAAGCGCUGGAUUCCAAGCUGAAACAGCUGAGAGAGCUGAAAGAUAGUAAAACUAAUACUUUGAAAAGAUUUGGACCACAUGUGCCAGCAUUUCUUGAAGCACUUGAAACAGCCUAUAGGCAAGGGCACUUUAAAUACAAACCUGUUGGACCUUUAGGUGCUUUCAUUCAUCUGAAAGAUGCUGAAUUGACUUUGGCUGUUGAAUGUUGUUUAAAAGGCCUAGUUCAGGCAUUUUGCUGUGAUAAUCAUAAUGACGAAAGAAAUCUUCAGAUGCUGAUGACAAAGUAUUACCCAUCUGGGUUUCGACCUCAAAUAAUUGUAAAUAAAUUUCAGAAUAAAGUUUAUGAUGUUAGACACAGAGGAGUUCAUCAUCCAGAAUUCCCGUCGGUUCUCACAGCACUGGAAAUAGAUGAUGCAGUGGUUGCCAAUUGUUUGAUUGAUAUCAGGAGUAUAGAAAGGGUUCUGCUGAUUAAAAGUAGCUAUAAAGCUCGUAAGGUAAUGCAGAGCAGCGAGCCCCCCAAAAAUUGCAGAGAAGCUUUCACUGCCGAAGGCGACCAGGUAUUUGAUAGACGAUAUUACUCCUCUGAUUACCUCCGACCCAAGUACCUGAGCAAAGAUGUUGAAGCAGAAAUAAGUCACUUGGAAAAAGAAAUUGAAUACAAAAAGGCACAACUGGCAACAUCUCAGCAACGUUUGCAUUUUAUUGAAAGUGAGAUUAAGCAGAACGAAGAUCAUCUUCAUAAUCACCGACGACACCAAAAAGAAUUACAGAUAAAAAUAAGAACAACAAGUGCAGAAAUUUCAGAUCUUGAGAAUACAGAGGAACACCAGUCAGUGGACAUUCGUACAUUAGAAGAUGAAGCUGAAGAAAACAGGAAUAGAAUGGAAGUUGUAAAGCAGGAAAUGAUGCAACGAAGUAGAGAGAUGGAAAAUCAGAAGGAUAUUUUACAGGAAGCUGAAAAAAGACUUGAAGAAAUGAAAGAAAAAAUUCACCAAGUAGAAGAAAUUGCUGGUCCAGUUAAGGAUGAAUUAAACCAAGCUGACUCCGAAGUAGAAAACAGCAAGCGCCGUUUCGAGCACUACGAAGGAAAACAGAAGGAACACUUGGCUUGUAUAAAAAGACAUAAAGAAUUACUAGCUAACAAAGAAAAAGAAUUAGAGGAAAAAAUAGCACAAGCAAGGCAAAUAUACCCAGAGCGCCUUGAAGUUGGCAGAACUGUUAAGAGUCUUGAUGCAGAAAUGAAUCGCUUGAGAGAGAGGAUAAACUCAGAAAAAGAUCGUCAUGGAAACAGAGAAGAAAUUAUUCAGCAAUUUUUUGAUGCAAAGGAAAAAUUUGAAGAUGCUAACAGUAAAGUAAAAAAUUUAAAGAAAUUUAUUAAGCUACUGGAAGAAAUAAUGACACAUAGAUUUAAAAUUUAUUGGCAGUUCUUAAGGCUCCUUUCUUUACGAUGCAAGCUCUACUUUGACCAUUUAUUACGUAUUCGAGCUUAUUGUGGAAAAAUAGUUUUUGAUCACAAGAAUGAGACGCUUUCAAUCACAGUCCAGCCUGGAGAGGGAGACAAAGCUUCCCUGAAUGAUGUGAGAUCUUUGUCGGGAGGUGAACGCUCCUUCUCAACAGUUUGUUUCGUUCUCUCUCUGUGGUCCAUUACUGAAUCUCCUUUCAGAUGCUUAGAUGAAUUUGAUGUCUAUAUGGACAUGGUUAACAGAAGAAUUGCAAUGGACAUGAUGCUCAAGGUGGCUGACUCUCAGCGUCAUCGACAGUUCAUUUUGCUCACACCACAAAGUAUGAGUUCUCUACCUACAAGUACGCUUAUUCGAAUCCUCCGACUGCAAGACCCUGAAAGAGGCCAGACAACACUGAAAUUCCAAAAUAGGAAUCAAGAGGAGGAAGAUCAAUAAGUAUAUCUGUGUAUGAAUGUAAUAGUGUUGAGGAUUGUUACAGUAUAAAUGUGUAAUGAUGUAUACAAGGUGAUUAAUUCCUGUUGCUGGGUAGGAGGACCUUUUGUUAGAUACCUUCAGGA